AUGCGCGUUCCCGACGCCGCCGCAGCCAUGUCGGCGCUGUGCGACCCCCCCGGCGCCGCCAGCCCCCCCCGGCCGCCCCCCAGCACCCCCACCUCACUGUGUCUAUGUCCCCAUUGCAGUGCGCAGGAGCUGGCUCAGGAGGUCAAAGCCUUCCUGAGCGGUGUGGAUCCGGCUCACGGCACGAAGCUGUCGGCACAGGACCACGCUCGGUGUGCUCUGCUGCUGCUACGGAGCCUGCCCCCCGCUCGCCAUGCGGUGCUGCAGCACCUGCGGGGGCUGUUCGAUGACCAGGUCUGUGCCCAUCUGCUCACCCGCGACACCUCCGGUACAACCGGUACCACCGGUACAACCACCGCGGCGCUGGAGGAGGUGGUGCAGGAGGUGAGACACGUCCUGGCCGACUUCAUCCGCGCCAACCCCAAGGCCUGGGCGCCGGUGGUGUCGGCCUGGUCCAUAGAGCUGAUGGGGCAGCUGAGCAGCAAGUACGCGGGCAGGCCUGGAGUGCCCCAUGCCAACAGCCUCAAUGAGCUCCUACAGCUGUGGAUGGGGUGUCCGGCCACACGGGUGCUCAUGGACAUCUACACCCAGUGCCUGUCGGCAAUGAUCGGCGGCUGCCCCGAUGCUUGUGUCGAUGCCCUAUUGGACACCUCAGUGCAACACUCACCACACUUCGAUUGGGUCGUGGCUCAUAUUGGCUCCUCCUUCCCCAACACCAUCAUCAGCCGCGUGUUGUCCUGCGGCCUCAAGGACUUCUGUGCCCACGGCAGCGCCGGAGACCCGCUGGGCACCGACAAACGGGUGCCGAAGAUCGCGUCGGUCGUGGGCAUCUUGGGCCAUUUGGCUUCACGUCACUCGGGCAGCAUCAAGCAGGAGCUGCUGCGGAUGUUCCACGAGAGCCUGGGCCCCGGCAGGGACCAGCACCAGAAGGCAGCGGUGCCGUUCCUGCUGCAGCUGGCGCUCAUGUCCCCGGCGCUGCUCGGCACCGUGUCGGCAGAGCUGGUGGAUUCCCUCAAGCCGCCUGUGCUCAACCAGCUGCACCAACACUUCUCGUCCCUGCCCCGCGAGGAGCUGGACAACACCAUGAGCAUCGUGGUUCACCUCAUCUGCCAGACCUCGGCCGGCGCUCACCGUAUCCUGCACUUCCUGGUGAACACGGCGAUGCCGGCGUCGGUCAUCACGGCACCGGGGCCUCCGCUGCAGGACGGGGUACGUGAGGCCUGCGACCGCAUCAUCCAGCUGCUAUUGCUGCACCUGCAGAAGCUGGUGCACAACCGCGCCGGUGCCGGUGCCGGUGCCGCGGAGGCGCCGGUGCCGCGGCCGGUGCCGUUCCUGGACGCGCUGCGGCCGCACGUGCGGGACCUGUGCCUGGAGACGCUGCGGUUGGAGCGCAAGCGUUUCCUAUGGCAGCACCAGCUGCUGGCGCUGCUGGCGGUGUAUGCAGCACCACAUGGUGCCACCGAUGCCCUGUUCCACCUGCUGACGCUGGCACGGACACCGGAUGAGCUGGCGCUGGCCACGCAGCUCCAUGCGGUGCUGAGCUCCUGCCUAACCGACCUGCUCCCGGCCACCGUCACCACCUGCGUGUGCCAGAUCCACGCCGGGCGCCUGCCGGACCCGCAGGUGGCUCAGCUCUUCCGGAACCUGGCGGCCGUGGUGCAGGCAGACACCGGGGAUGGGGCUCCGGCCAUGGGCCCGGUGCUGGGCCCGGUGCUGGCGCGGCACCUGCCCGACCUGAGCCAGCUGCUGCUGCACCGCGAUGCCGACGUGGCCGAGGCCGCGUGCCUGCUGCUGUCGGUGCUGCCGCUGCCGCGGGCGCCGGCGCCGGCUCCGCUGCUCGGGGCCGUCAGAGCCGCCACGCACCAGUUCUUCCUGGUGCUCCGGAGCCAGAACACCACCAGCCUGGGCUGCAGCUCGCGGCUGCUGGCGCGGCUCAGUUCGGUGUCACCGGCGGCCGCCAAGGCCGUGCUGCAGCAGCUGGUGGAGGGAGCCUUGCGCCGCGGUAACGCCGAGCUCUUCGGGGCCUCACCGGAUCAACCCCCCCAAUGGGAUGAGUGCGGUGCCGGCGGCGCCGGCGUCUCAUUGUUGGACACCAACCGGCGCUUCACAACCGCCGUCAACUUCACCGGUGGGGUCUGGUCCGUGUUCCACGCCGGAGUCAUCGGCCGCGGGCCGCAGGUACCGCAGGGCCGCGGUGAACACCCACCGGAGGAGCUCACCAACAACACCCAAACCUUCCUGCGCCUCCUCCUGCUCUGCGCCCGCGGCGCCCGUCCCGGUGACACCACAACCACCAUCCACCCCGAGGCCGCCAAGGCCAUAGCGGCCGCGCUGGUGGAGAACGUGUGUCCGGAGGCCGCCGGUGCCGAGCUGAGCUGGCCGCCCGAGGAGCAGGCGCGCGGGACGGUGGAACGGGACCUCCGCAUCUGCCGCCGCUUCCAGGAGCAUCCGCUGCUGCUGCCGCUGCUGCGGCUCGUGGCGCUCGGCCGCCCCGCGCUCUGCUACUGCUCCGUGCUGCUCCGCGGGCUCCUCGCCAGCCUCAUGGCGCAUUGGGAAGGGUGCCGGGAUGCCGGUACCGGAGCCUCCCCCUGGCACCUGCAGGCCUCGUGCGCCCUCGUGGCCGCCAUGGCCGAGGCGUCGCUGGUGCCGCCGGUGCUGGGGAACAUGCACGAGCUCUUCCCGUUCCUGGCCCCGUUCGAGGUCCAUCUGCUGCUGUUGAGCCUAUGGGAAUACCUGCGGGAUAAUGGGCCCUUCCCGCAGAGGUUCAGCUUCCAGCCCGAGCGCGGGCUCUUCCUAAGGGAUUUCUCCCGGGAUGGGGAUGUCGGGAAGCACUUGGCUGUGUUACACAGUGUCCUGCACAAGAACAUCCACCGCUUGGGGCUCCUGGCCGGGCGCUUCUACCCAUGAGCACCCCCAAACCCCAUUGCACCCCAUGGGGUUGGGGUUCAGCCCA